UGGCGCGCGCGCCCCGCCGGCGGGCCCGGCGGCCAGUGCGAGCCGCGAGAGCCCAGCGGCCAGCCCUCCCAGCUCGCCAUGGGGUCCUCCACCGCUGCCACUGCCACUGCCGCACUCGUCUUCGCCGCAGCCUUUGUCGCAGUGUACAGCCAGGAAGCCCAACCAAUAGACCCAGUGAUUGAAUCUCAAUGUCGGCCUUACGUGGAGAAGGCCCUCAGAGAGUUCGGCACAGCUGAAUAUCCUCCAGGUGAUAAAGAUCAGCAGCAUGCUGAACCAGCAGUGUCAUCAGAAGAUACUGAUCAGGUGCCAAAGUCUGGAGAGGCAGACAGCCCCACUGAGACAGUAGAAGUAUCUACCGAGGAGGUAACAAGUAAAGAGGAGGCCGUAGCAAGUGCAGAAGAAGGAUUACACAGCACUGAAGAUGAAGCAGCCAGUGCAGAAGAAGGACAACAAAGAGAAGAACGGAGUGUUUCCACUGAAGAACUGGGAUCACCUGCAAGUGCUGAGGAGGUGACAAAAGAUGGUGCUGUCAGUGUAGAGGAGGCGGCAGCCAGCACUGAGGAGGAGGCGGCAGCCGCCAGCGCGGAGGAGGAGGGAGCGGCCAGCGCGGAAGAGGCAGCAGCCAGUGCGGAAGAGGCAGCAGCCAGCGCGGAAGAGGCAGCAGCCAGUGCGGAAGAGGCAGCAGCCAGCGCGGACGAGGAGGGAGCAGCCAGCGCGGACGAGGAGGGAGCAGCCAGCGCGGAAGAGGCAGCAGCCAGCGCGGACGAGGAGGGAGCAGCCAGCGCGGAAGAGGCAGCAGCCAGCGCGGAGGAGGAGGGAGCAGCCAGCGUGGAAGAGGCAGCAGCCAGCGCAGAGGAGGAGGGAGCCACCAGUGGGGAGGAGGUAGCAGCAGCCAGCGCGGAAGAGGGAGCAGCCUUCGCAGAAGAGGGAGCAGCCAGCGCGGAAGAGGGAGCAGCCAGCGCGGAAGAGGGAGCAGCCAGCGCGGAAGAGGGAGCAGCCAGCGCGGAAGAGGGAGCAGCCAGCGCGGAAGAGGGAGCAGCCAGCGCAGAGGAGACUGUGACUAGCGCAGAAGAGGGUGCCGCCAGCGCAGAAGAGGGUGCCGCCAGCGCAGAAGAGGGUGCCGCCAGCGCAGAAGAGGGUGCCGCCAGCGCAGAAGAGGGUGCCGCCAGCGCAGAAGAGGGUGCCGCCAGCGCAGAAGAGGGUGCCGCCAGCGCAGAAGAGGGUGCCGCCAGCGCAGAAGAGGGUGCCGCCAGCGCAGAAGAGGCUGCAGCAAGCGCAGAAGAGGCUGCAGCAAGCGCAGAAGAGGGUGCAGCAAGCGCAGAAGAGGGUGCAGCAAGCGCAGAAGAGGGUGCAGCAAGCGCAGAAGAGGGUGCAGCAAGCGCAGAAGAGGGUGCAGCAAGCGCAGAAGAGGGUGCCGCCAGGGCAGAAGAGGGUGCCGCCAGCACAGAAGAGGGUGCCGCCAGCGCAGAAGAGGGUGCCGCCAGCGCAGAAGAGGGUGCCGCCAGCGCAGAAGAGGGUGCCGCCAGCACAGAAGAGGGUGCCGCCAGCACAGAAGAGGGUGCCGCCAGCACAGAAGAGGGUGCCGCCAGCACAGAAGAGGGUGCCGCAAGCGCAGAUGAGGGUGCCGCCAGCGCAGAAGAGGGUGCCGCCAGUGCAGAAGAGGGUGCAGCAAGCGCAGAAGAGGCUACAGCAAGUGCAGAAGAGGCUGCAGCCAGAGCAGAAGAGGCUGCAGCCAGCGCAGAAGAUGCUGCUGCAAGUGCAGACAAGGCUGCCACAAGCACAGAAGAAGAACAAAAGGAAGAUGAGAAACAAAAAGAUGGAACUGACGAGAAAGCAGCAGAGGAUGCAGAGGAAAAACCUGUGGAUAUUCCUGAAGGAAAAGAUGUUGGUCCUGAAUCAGCUGAGAGUGAGGAACCAAUAACAGAAGUGGAACCAAUCCCUGAGGAAGAACUAACACAGGAAAUGGAGAUUCCAGAGAAGCUGCGACCUAGAGAACACAUUGCAAAAAUACUACAACUUGAUUCUGAAUCUGCCGAAAAAGAGCUAAUGCUGAGCAAGGUAGCCGAUAUUAUACUGCGAGAUUUAAAGCGCCUCUAUGAUAAUGCUAUCAAGCCUCUUGAAACACUUUAUAAAUACAGAGACCUCAGCAACCGACACUUUGGAGAUCCCGAAAUCUUUUCAAAACCUCUGAUACUAUUUAUGGGUCCCUGGAGUGGAGGGAAGUCCUCUAUCAUCAAUUAUCUCUUAGACAAUGAAUACACAGGAACCGCACUACGAACAGGUGCUGAACCAUCACCAGCCUAUUUCAACAUUGUUAUGUGGGGUGACCGAUCAGAGGUGCUAGAUGGAACGCAGCUCGCAGCCGACUGGACAUUUUCUGGCUUGCAAAAGUUUGGGCAGGGUCUGCUAGAUCGACUGAGAGGUCUGCGCUUACCUAACAAAUUGCUCGAAAAGGUUAACAUAGUGGAAAUUCCAGGAAUUCUAGAAAUUCGUAAACAGGUAGAACGCCUGUUUCCUUUUAAUGAUGCGUGUCAGUGGUUUAUCGAUCGUGCCGACAUAAUAUUUCUGGUAUACGACCCAGCAAAGCUGGAUGUGGGACCUGAGACCGAAGCGAUCUUGGACCAGCUGAAAGGACGGGAGUCACAGACUCGAAUUGUGCUCAACAAGGCAGACCAAGUGAAGCCUGAGGAACUCAUGCGUGUCCAGGGGACACUUAUUUGGAACAUAAGUCCACUGAUGUCAAGCUCAGAGCCUCCUGUUAUGUAUUCAACUUCAUUAUGGUCACUGCCUUAUGAGCUGGGAGCACCUGUGCGACUAUUGCAAGCACAAGAACACGCAUUCCUUCAGGAUAUGAGGAAAGCUAUCGACAGACGAGUGGAGAACAAGAUUGCUAGUGCCAGACGUUUUGCAGUGAGAGUCCGGAACCACGCAAAAAUGGUUGAUUGCUACCUGACAACAUAUUACAAUCACAAAGGGCUCUUCGGUAACCGCAAGAGGGUUAGUGACGACAUCAUUGAAAGGCCACAAGACUACCACAUUUAUGAAGGCCUCAGCACUCUGACUAAUAUUUCACGAUACGACCUUCCCGACCCAGAUGUCUACCGCGACUUCUUUCGACUGAACCCUCUCUACGACUUUCCUCUUCUAUCAUCCACGUGUACAUACUUCCGGGGAUGCCCUAUAAACCGAUUAGAUGUUGCCAUCGCAUAUGACCUGCCUGAGUUGGUAGGGAAGUACCACAAGGGUGUAGAAGAGGCACUCACACAACUGAAUGCACGGGUCCAGAGUUGAGCUUUUCCAAGAUGGUGGCAGCAGAAAGUAUACAAUGCCCAGGGUCCACCUUCUUAAUGAGUAAGAGUAAGCUGGAAACCACUUCCAGCAGGCAAUGCAAACAAUAUGUGAUUUGUGUGGGGAAACAACAGAUGACAGUGGCUGUGAUCAUACACUGAGCCUGUACUCAAUAUUAACUCUGACUAUGAGCAGCAUAGACUUUUUUAAAAAAAAAAAUACAAUUAACCAACAAAAAAUUAUAUUCACAAAUGCAAGACUGUGGCUAUUACUUCUGGGACUACAAUUAAAAUAGUCUCAAUCAAGCUUUUAGAACAUAAGCAUAAAAAAUGAAGACACAACACCGAAUAUUUUUCAAAGAAGCAUAAUUCAGUGACAGGGUGCUAUAACUUCUACUUUACACCUUAACACAGAACAGAAAGUCACCGAUAAAUGCAGAUGUGUUAAAUAAACAAAACAAAUUUAAUAAGAAUUAUAGGCAUGUGUGACACUAAGGUUUUAAAAAAUUCUGAGGUUUUCAGAUAAUUCCAGCAAAUCAACAACUGAAAUCCAGGAGGGAAACAAUACAGCAAACUUGAAUUGCUCCUCUUUAUAAAGCAGACAAGUAGAAAGUGUUUGGAAUUUUUGGUCAUUGCAUAUGCUUUCAAGGAAGACAGAUCAAGUGAAAUUCUAGUUUGGAGCUUAAUUCAGUUAGUGCAAGAAUGUGAAAAAAGCCGCUAAUAUGUAAACUGCCACUGUCACCUGCGACAUGCAUAGUUCCCUAAAACGAAUGAGAAAUUCACUAAUCCAAAAUUGGCACUACAGAGACUCAGAAAGUGCACCCUGUGGCAUAAGUUUGAUUGCAACCAGUGAAGUGGAAGGAAGCUCUAGACAUUCCACUUCAAAAAGCUUUAACUCAGCUACAGGAACAUAAAAAGUUCAAAUGUAGCUACCUAAAGUGAAACAGUGUCCUACAAAAAGAACAUUGUGUAACUGUCCAACAAUUUAAGCACUAAGUGGAGAAGUUAAAGUGUGAUUAUGCAGUGUCAUGACUGUGUGAACUUAGGCAUUUUACAUAGACCUUUCACACAUCUUUAUCCAGAGCUGCAUUUCUGCAAAAAUAUGCAUUGCAAGAAAGAAAAUGAAGACUUGUAUGAGAAAUUUAACUUCACGUUAUUUUAUAGAAGCAAAGGGAGAAAAGUUCCACAAUCAAGCAAUAAUAUGAUUUUUGUAUGUCAUAUUCCUACAAUCUCUACUCAAAUCACAUACAGUGUGUGGUGUGAUGAUAUUUAGGCACAUGUAUCCUUAUACAAUCCUCAGGGUAUAAAUGCAGGUACAGUUUAGUUUGAACAAAGCAGUAAGUUUAUCUUUUUUGCUGUUAACUCUGGUUCAUACAUUUAUGGCUUGCAGAAGCAUAUUUUGCUGCAGAGUGAGAUAAGUAAGGUGCUGUGUACAAAUGUGUUCAAAAUGAAAAACAGCAACCUCUACAAAUUUCAUUGAUUGAUAUAAUAAAAAGGCACAUCACAAGGUCCAAGCAAUUCAAGUGAAAAGAAGAAACAAUAUGAUGUGUAUUUUACAAUCAAGGAUUAAAUGUGUAAAUUUUAUGUGUGUAUAUGCAGUGCUUCAAGACAUUUCCUGCACAGCCACAAACAAGUUAUGUGGCAAUCGCAUUUCCUUGAAUGUCUGUGAGUUCCCUAGAACUACCAACAGAGAUUGUUCUCCAAAUUGUAUGUGUGAGUGAGUGUAUUUUUGUUUGUAAAAUUUUACUUAAGUAUUCAUAAUAAAAUCAAUGUACUGUUUGUUA